AUGCUGCUGGUCGCCCUCGACGACCUCUAUGUUGUUCAGAUGUUUGAAGACCUCCUUUGUCAGCUACAAAGUCUUCGCAACGAACACCACCCAACCAGAAGCCUGCUCGACCUCCCCAACAAGCUUCUCAUGAUGACGUUCAGCUGCCUCCCAGUGGAUGAUAUUGUCUCCUUCCGCUCGAUGUGCAAGCUCUUUGCCGAGCUUACCAAGUCGAGAGCACUCUACAGAUCCGUCUUGGUGGACCAAUUUCCGUGGGCUUCCGACGACCCUCAGGGAGUUUCAGUGCCGCGCUUCUACACCGAGUACAUGUCUCAUAUCCGCCAUCUCACCGUCAUUCUACUGCGUCGCUGA